AACAAAAGAACAAAGAAACCUAUAGAUGGCUGAAGCAAUUUUGUCCAUGGUUUUGGGAAGGAUCACUGACUUGUUGAAGGAGGAACCUCUACUUCUUCAACAAGUGAAAGAUGAAAUUCAACAAGUGGUGACGGAGCUCAUGCGGAUAAAGACAUUCUUACCGGAUGCUGAUUCAAGAAUCGAUGAAGACAAAAUCCGCAUUUUGCUUGCGGAGGUACUGGAUCUUGCCUAUAGCGCUGAACAUGUUGUCGAAAGCUUUCUGGUCAAAGCUAUUUCAUCCCCUGGAAAAACAAUCCAGUGGAUGAAUACAAGGAGGUUUUCAGGACGGAUCACUGAUAUUCAAACAAAAAUGUCUCCCCUCUUCAGUUGCUUUCUUGACUACAAAAUCAAAUCAACUUCAGAAUCCGCUGAUUCAGCAAAUUCCUUAAAUGGAACCGCGGGAAAGUUGAAGAGAUUCCACUCUUUCACUACUGUUGAACCACCCAUAUUUGUUGGAUUUCAGGGAGCUGUUGAUCUCUUGGUGGGACAUUUAGUGAAAGAAAGUGAUGAUUCUCACCCGCUUGUCUCUAUCUGUGGAAUGGGAGGCCUGGGUAAGACGACUCUCGCUGAAAAGAUAUACAAUCAUUCCACUAUUAGGGCUUGCUUUGAUGGUUUGGCUUGGGUUUCUAUAUCGCAAAAGUGGGAGAAAAAACAGGUUUUGCAACGAAUUCUUGUAUGUCUCGACCAUGAGAAGAAAGAAGAAAUUCUUGCUAUGAAUGAUGACAGUCUAGUGAAAAAUCUGCUACAAAUCCACGAAAAGAAAAAAUGCUUGAUAGUCCUUGAUGACAUAUGGUCAAAUGAUGCUUGGGAUUCUUUAAAAGCUGCAUUCACAGCUGAAGGCUCUCUAAGCAAAUUAAUGCUUACAAGCCGUAAUGUUGAGGUUGCUGAGCAUGUAAAUCCGAGAGGUUUCAUAUACCAGCCAGAAUGUCUAAGUGCUGAUCAUAGUUGGGAGCUACUUCGGUUGAAAGCCCUCCCCAAAGGAUAUUAUCUAGAUAACACGGAAGAUGUUAAAAGGAGGGAAGAAAUAGGAAGAGAAAUGGUUAGAAAAUGUGGUGGUCUUCCACUAGCUAUUGUGAUUUUGGGGGGUAUACUUGUAACAAAACCUUCGCUCAGACAGUGGGAGAGGGUGUAUAAUGAUAGUCUAUCAUCCCUAAAGAAAGGGAAGGGACUGGGAGAAAAUCAGCAAAAUCAGUUAAACGACAUAUUAGUUCGGAGUUACAAGGAAUUGCCCCCUCAAUUAAAGUCAUGCUUUCUAUAUCUGGGCAAAUUUAGUGAAGAUGAAUGGAUAGAGGCAGAAAACUUGUAUCAGUUAUGGAUUGCGGAAGGGAUGAUACUAUCCUGCGACAAAAGGGAAGGAGAAACAAUGAUGCAAGUGGCUGAAUCUUAUAUGGGAGAACUGGUUCAUAAGAGUAUGGUUCAAGUGAGCUUUGAUGAUUCAGGAUCAUUACUUACAAAGUUUAAAAGUUUUUCUCUUCAUGAUCUUGUGAGGGACCUAUCGGUAUCCCAGGGAAAAGCAGAAGAUUUUCUCGAAGCCAUUAAUCUUCAAGAUGGAAGUGAUUUACAUCUAUCCAAGUUUGCUUACACUCGACAACUUGUAGUUCAUUAUGAUGAUGAAUAUAGAAGCAAAAAAAAAUGUAAUCACCAGCCAUAUCGAUCAAGUUUACGUAUGAAUGGUGACAGUUUGACACAAAUAUUGGGAUCGCAUCUGGCCAAUUUUAGGUUGCUAAGAAUUUUGGAUUUAGAAAAUAUUUACCUUGAUCGACAGACUGUUUCAGGUAAUCGUUUUGGUACUAGUAUUGGAAGAGUGAUAGGCAACCUUGUAUACUUAAGAUAUCUAAAUGCAAGGAAUUCUAAUUUGAUUAUAGUGCCAUGGAUACAAAAGUUGGUGCUGUUACAGACUCUCAAAGUUGAUGGUUACAAGGUUACCUGUUCUCCACUAAAGUCAAUAAAAACAUUGGGCAAGUUGACACAUUUGCGACAUUUGUAUCUUCCAAGUCGUCGCUUGGGCACGUUUGAGAAGGAUGUAAAAUUACGGUUAAAAGGGUUGAGAAAAUUAGAGACAUUGGAGAAUUUUAAUCCUCUGUUCUGUGAGGUUAAAGAUCUGCAGGAACUAAUCAGUCUUCAGAAACUAAGGAUAAAAGUAAAAGAUUCUUAUGGUAUUGUGGAAGAGAUGAUGAAAUACUUAAAGAAACUUGCUUUUUCAUCAACUUCUAGUCUUAGAUACUGGGCCCUUGAUUUUGAGAUCCCUCCUCAAGGGUAUCUAACUGAUCUAAAUAUCAUAAGACAGUUGUUUUGGAAUAAUAAGUUCAAGUUUCAGGAAUUAUCCAUUAGAGGCAAGAUCCCGGAGUUAGGUGAAUUAUUGCAGCAGCAACAACUUAAUAAUACUCAUAUUGAUGCAUCUUUAAUUUGCAUCACCAGGUUAACGCUAGAGUCUGCGAACCUAAAGAAAGAUCCAAUGUCAGUACUGGAGAAGAUUCCAACUUUGAGGUAUUUGUAUUUAGGACUUCAAUCAUAUAUGGGAAAGGAAAUGGUUUGCUCGGCUAUGGGAUUCCCAAAACUCAGCCAACUUGGCCUGUCGAAUCUUGACGAAUUGGAGAAGUGGAGAGUGGAGAAAGGAAGCAUGCCAAUUCUCUCUGUGUUGAUGAUUGUAUUAUGUGAAAAGUUGGAGGAGCUUCCAGAAGGACUAAUGUAUCUCAAUUCCCUUAAAGAGCUAUUGUUGAAGAGGAUGCCUUUAUGUGACAAGGUCUACGGCGUAAAUGGUGAAAAAGGACAGGACUUUUAUAAGGUUGCUCAUGUCCCUGAUAUCAAUAUUGCAAGAUUGUAAGUCGUAAGACGUGACUGCCCGCUGGUUAGUUGGAGGAGCUUCCGAUUCUAUCUUCUCUUGAUAAUUUUUUUAAGUAUAAUUUCUUUUAAUUAUUAGUACUAGCACAUUACAACAGAAGUUGAUUAGUCGUUAGUCGAGGAAUAUAAUUUGUUCUAUCAUGUUAUUGAGUUAUUUCUGUUAAUUUAGAAUGUCAGGUUAAAAUCUUUU